ACUUAGUCCUUUAGUCAAAUGCGACAUUCAUAAUACUCAUUAAAUCUAUUCAAUUACAUAAUAUUUAUUUAAAGUGAACUCGCCAUGGAAACUUUUAAAAAAAAGCGCUUCUUUUCAGCAGUUUUUCAGCUGUUCUUUUAGUGGGAAAUUAAUUUUGAAAUUAAUGAUAAGCUAUCGACAUUUCUUGAAGUUUCCAAAUCAAUCAUAAGUGAAUUAUAAUUGUUAAUUAUGUCAUUAAAUGAUUUACCUGAUAACUGUCUUAGUAAGAUCUUAGAAAAUGUCCGUGAGGUUGAAGAAUUGAUUCAAUUGUCUGAAGUUUGUUCGAGAUGGUCCGAUUUAAUUAUGCCGAGAUUUAAUCAAGUAAAAUAUCUUCAAAUGAUGUCUGAUGAACAAGUUGAUUAUAUCGAUAAGAGCCGUUUGUGGAUUAACUAUGAUACGACCAUAAGUGAUUACAAUUUGAUGAAUUUUUUUCCAAAUCUAAAGAUUAUUGAGGUUUCGCCUUUUGCCUGUCUUAGUCUUCGAUCUUAUAAUUUGACAAAAAUGAUCAACAAUAGUUCAAAAAUAAAAGGAUUGAUUGGACUUUAUGAGCCGUUUGCGAUAAGAUUUAACUUGGAAAAUAUCGAAUUGGUUUCAUCAGAUUUUCAGUUCCAAUUCAAAAGAAUCUUCCGACCUGAUCAGUUGAAACAGAUUCGCUUUAGACGAAUACGCUUGUCAAGACUUUCUCAAAUUAUCGAAUACUUUCCGAAUUUGAAGCGAAUCAGCUUGACACUUCGUAAUGGCUCUUUUUUUACCUGGCCAUUAAUGCGAAGAGUUUUGUCCAAAUUCCCAAAGUUACAUCAUCUUUCAAUUAGAUACAGUAAAGAGAUUGACGAUAAUCAUGUGAAAGAAUUGGUGAAAAUUUUACCCGAAAUAAAAUUGUUGGAUUUGAGAAGAUCAAAAGGAGUAACUUCACAAUCAGCUGAUUAUUUGAACGAAUUCUGUCUCAAAUCUCGUCGAUCCAUUGAAAUCUAUUAUGAUUGUGAAGAGGAACCAACUGAAUGGCCUAAAUUAGGAAUACCCAGAGAACCAAUUGCUUACGGAUUCGAUUUCAUGAAACAUUGUUUUUAUAAGAAUUUUUCCUCCCUUCCGUUUCUGAUUGAUGAAUGA